GUAGUUUGCACGCCCAAGACAUGUCAAGACAGACAAGAAAAACAAUGUAUGAAGGUUGUGUGCGAGGUGACUGCUGCAAUUAAGUCUGGAACCUGGCUGAAGCUAUCUAAUGCCUAACACAGACAAGGGAGUAUUUAGUGAGCUGGGCUGCUUCAUCCCUGUCCUGCACUGCUCCUGUCAUAGCCUGACCCUCCUUGCCCAUGGCUCUGCUGGUGUCCCACACGUCCCUGUCAGCCCCUCUGCCCAGGGGACGCAUGCAGGCAGCUCUGAGAAGAUGCCCUGGUGCUGCUCUUGCCCCGGUCACUGUUACUUCUGUGGCGGGUCGUGUUCUGGGAGAUGACGAAAAUGCCAUUCGAGGGAGUCAGCAUUUCAAAUGGGUCGUUCGAACGUCACAGGUGUCUUUGCUAAAGAUAGCCUGUGCUGAGUAAAAUGGUACCUCCAAACCCUGCAUUUCACAACACGCUCACUCAGCAUAAUAACCCCUCAGCCUAAGUGCCCCCCAGUGCCAGGCAGCUCCUGGCACCUCUCUGGGCUCUCCAUCUGUCCUUUGUGACUGCCUCCUGGGAGGCAGCAGUAAGAUGGGAAUAAGUGUCUGUCCUUAACUGGUUCCUAGAAGACAGCACUUCCUAGACAGGGAUGCGGUGAAGGGUGGUUUUGGGGACUAGAAGGGAAUAACGUCAGGGUGCUGACGCUCAGAGUGAAGACUGGAUCAGAAUGGAGGGGGAGAGUAGUGAGUUCAUUGUGUCCCCUGAGUGAAGAUAGGGGAGGGGGAGCCCAUGAUGCUGGGCGGUGGAGCUGUAUGUGCCUUCCCACCAUGGUUCCAUCUCCCUUCUCUCUCGUCUUCGUUCACCCACACUCACACCACUCUCGCACUGCUGAUUCAGGGGAAAGAGAGGUUGGUGCUUUCUGCUUGGACUGGCCACCACAAACUGUUUUUCUUGAAGAGGAGGAAAAAACACCUCCUGUUAACCGUCACAAGUUCUCCCCCAUCUUCUCUCUUCCUCUCUCACACAAUGCCAUGGGCUGUGUAACAGAGGGGCACAAAGGACCACUUCAGAGCAGUCCCCUGGGGGCACAGAGGCACAAAAGGUUGCACCAGGUUCCUGUGCACCAGUACAACUCUUCUGGGGGCUGAAGAGCUGAGUGUAAUAGAAGAGAUGAGAGCUGUCACCACAACAGGGGCUGCUGAAAUGAGGUGUACCACUUGCUCUUUUAUGCUCCACCUUCACCACCAGCUGAGGAAAGCUAGAGAGUGAGCAAGGAUCCUUCCACAGUGAAGAAGUGCCUGCUCUGAGUCACGUCCCUUCCCUCACCCCCAGCCCACCCUCAGGGCAUGAGCUGCCAAGGGGCUUGGUUGUAUGACACCCGUCAUGAAGGGCUGAUUAAGUCCGAAAGAGCCAGAGUCAGUGGGUUGCUGGAAAGUGUGAGCCACAACAGUGGUGGGUUCUCUGAGGCAAAAGGGGCCCCCAGGCUGAGGCACAUGGAUGGAAAUGUAUUGCCCUAUGCAAAGCUUAUCAAUCAGCUGCACGGGAGCUGGACUGAGCACCCUCAGAGCACAAGCUUGGGUGGGUUUUCCCCAGCGUUGCUGGAUUAGGAGGGUCCCUUCCUCACCCCUCUCGCAGUGCUACAGCCUGCAGCCCCUCUUCUCACUGCCGGCUGCUUCUCCUCUCUGCCCCCUCAGACCAUCUCAGCUUUGUCCUAUAUUGCCGCUGGGCUCAGGAUUGAUGGGUCACAUGUGCUCUGGUUGGAGGUCACCACAGACUCUUUCCUCAUGCUGCUUGUGAAACUAGCACAUUUGAAGGAUUAAAUGGAGGGAGAGGGAGGAAAAAACCCAAACACAACAAAAAUAAAAGAACAGCAGGAAAAAAAGAUGAACGUGUUCUCAAAAGCCCUGAAACAAUCAGUGAAAAGCUGAAAGAGGCGGAAAGAUCAAACCAAAAAAGGUAAGAGAUGAAAGAAAAACAUGAAGGGCACUUGCUGGGAAGUGUCUUCUACACUUUUUCCACUGUCUAUGUAGAAGCGAAACCUGUAAGAAAAACAACAGCGACCCAAAGAAUUUCCACUCAAAGAUGCUUAGAGCAGUGUCUCUGGUCCCUCUCUUACACUGGCUUCAGCUCUGCCCUCACGUGCCUCAGACUUUGUACUGGUUUCUUGGCCAUGACGCAUCUUCUUAGUGAUAUGGGGAAAUCAGCUGCCCACCUGCAAUAUAAGGGCAUCUAGGGGAAUGCUUUGAUCAGAAAGAGAGAGGCAGCAGAAGAGCAAGCACAUCCAGCUGCCCCCCUUUGUUCAUCCUCCCACUUCAUCAUCUUCUUUGCUUGUGCCUCAUUUUUGCUGAGCUCUUAAAGCUUCCAACCUGACCAAGCACAGACCUGAGUGGGAAGACAAAGACCCUCGCAUCUGCUGGAUGCCGCCAUGAGGCCCGUGUUCCCAGUGCUGUUCCUCACCUUCACUCUGCUGGCUUUCAAUGCUGGCCACAUCCUACCAGGAGCAGCAGAGGUGGGAAGCAGGAAGCAGAAAGUAUGGGCCAGAGCGGGGAGUUCAGCCGUUCUGCCUUGCUACCUGAGCCACAGAAAGAUGGGGAAGAGCUGGAAGCAACUGCCUGACAAGACAUCUGUGCUGUGGAAGCGGCUUGGGGGAAGCACCCACCAGGAGCCACACGUAGUGCUGGAGGUGGAGGACUCGGGGCUCAGGAAGACGGCGCUGCCCAUGAGGCCCCGGGUGUCACUCCAGGACUCUGCCUUACGCAACGGCAACUUCUCCCUGAGCAUCAGCCCCGUGCGGAGCGAGGAUGCCGGGCUCUACGAGGCGUGGGUGAUGCGCAACACCAAGGUGCAGAGCUGCCACGUGGAGCUGGAGGUCAUCACAGUAACCCUCAGUCCACCCAGCCCUGUGGUGGCAAACGAGCCGCUCUUGUUGCAGUGCAACUCCAGCCACCGUGCGAGCCUCGUGGAGACAUGCUGGUUCCACAAUGGGCGCCUGGUCCCCACCUCCAGGACCUUCUGCUCCUCGCAUGGGGCUCUCUCCAUCCUCCGGCCAACCAUGAGCGAUGCGGGCUCCUGGCGCUGCCAGCUCAGAUACUCCGAUAAUGAGAUCAUUUCUGCCAUGUACAACCUGCAAAUUCUAGGUUUUGAAGGCCCAGCCAACCCUGUGGUCUAUGCUGCAGCUGGUUCUGCAGCUGAUCUACCGUGCACCUUGAGCUACCUUCCCAGUGCCUUUGGGAUCAAUGUGGUGACAGCCCACUGGAGCCGCCUUGCAGGAGGACACUUGCAAGACCGGGGCAUCUCCUACAAUUCAAGCAGCAGAAGCUUCCCCCUUCAUCUCCCUGCGGUGGGGCUGGGUGAUGCAGGACAGUACCGCUGUGCUGUCUCUGUCAGCAGCAGGAUGAUCAGCAGGGAUGUGACCCUGGCAGUGGUUACAGUCACUCCAAGCAUUCAAGGACCCGUUUCUGAGGGGAGUCACUUGCUGCUCAUCUGCAGCCUCACACACCCUCAGGGACAUGAACGUUUCCAGUGGAAGCAGCUUGACUCAGCCCCUACUAACAGCAAGCUGGCCAAGGCCACCUCCCAUAACCUGCGGGGCCACAGAUUUCAGAUGGGCCCUACCUUGGAAAUACCCCAUGUGUCACAAAAGGAUACGGGCACAUGGGAAUGCAGUGUGUAUGGCCCAGAAGGCAGACUGGGAGCAGUGGAGUAUGGGCUGCAGAUCACAGGUGCCCAGGUCUCCAGCCCUCCCACCAUCUUCAGUGGGCAGGUUACGUUUGGGCUCACACUCACCUUCUUCCUCCUGCUUACAGUCUGUGUCAUGGCUCUGGCCCUACAAAAAAGGGCACGGUCUCCUGCCUUCCCUGCACUGGAUGGGAUGAUUGCAAUUGCUAUGCCGAGGAAGAAGGAGGUGGAGGAAAACCAGAAAGAGAACAUCCAGCAAACUGAGUGCUGAUGGCAGCAGGGACCAGUCUGCAUGGGAGGAUGAAACUCUGUGUGCCAUGCUGCAGAGAGAUGGACACUAUGCAGACCUCUCAGGAGGGUCUAGGGAUGGCGUGAAGAUAGCAGGAAGCUGUGGGAGAUCUGUACCUGCAAAAGGGCUGGAAGCUGCGUAUGAGGGCAAAACACGACUCAUCUCUGCAGCAGCACAGGUGCUUUGGAACUAUUGGGAGUAUUCGAGCCGGUAGCUAUUGCCUACUCCGGUGACACCUCCCUCUCCCACCCUUUGCCCCUCCUUCAUGGCCUCUCUCACAGCCUUUUAGUGGUGGGACACUUGGACCCAGGAGAUAGCUGGAACCCAGCUCCCUCGCAGCCCAAUGGAG